UGGGGAGCUGCUUCCAUGGAGAGCCAUUUGACCAUGUUGCUGCUGCUCCUGCUGCUGCCCCUGCAGCAUUUUGGAAACUGUGAAGGAACCUCAAGACCACAUAGUACUUUGCCAAUGCAGUUCACUCAAGCGCACUACAAUGCCACCGUCUAUGAGAACUCUGCUGCCAAGACUUACAUUGGGCAUCCGGUUAAAAUGGGCAUUUACAUCACAGACUCGCUGUGGGAUAUAAAGUACAAGAUAAUUUCUGGGGACACUGAGAACUUGUUCAAAGCUGAAGAGCAUGUUUUGGGAGACUUCUGUUUUUUGAGAAUACGGACCAAGGGAGGAAACACAGCUAUACUUAACAGAGAAGUAAAAGACCACUACAUAUUAACUGUCAAAGCAAUAGAAAAGAACACAAAUGCAGAAGUUCGCACAAAAGUCAGAGUGCAAGUACUGGAUACAAAUGAUUUAAGACCUUUGUUUUCCCCAACUUCUUACAGUGUUUCAUUGCCUGAGAAUACAGCAAUAAGGACCAGUGUUGCGAGAGUCAGUGCAACGGAUGCAGAUAUCGGAACUAAUGGGGAAUUUUAUUACAGUUUCAAAGACAGGACAGAUAUGUUUGCUAUACAUCCAACCAGUGGUAUUAUAGUUCUUACUGGCAGACUUGAUUAUUCAGAAACAAAGGUUUAUGAUCUGGAAAUCCUUGCUGUGGAUCGUGGAAUGAAACUCUAUGGCAGCAGCGGUAUCAGUAGUAUGGCAAGGUUGACUGUUUACAUAGAGCAGGCUAACGAACAUGCUCCAGUUAUCACAGCCCUUGCUUUGGUUCCUUCAGAGCUGGACAAAGAUCCAGCAUAUGCGGUUGUAACUGUUGAGGAUAGGGAUCAAGGCUUGAAUGGAGAGGUAGCAUCUCUGAGCAUUGUGGCAGGUGAUCCCCUUCAGCAGUUUAAAGCUGUGAGGACUUUUCCUGGUGGAAAAGAAUAUAAAAUCAAAGCUGUUAGCCAUAUUGAUUGGGAGAACCAACCAUUUGGCUAUAACCUCACUCUGCAAGCUAAAGAUAAAGGAAAUCCUCCAAAGUUUUCUUCUGUAAAAGUAAUCCAUGUGGUAUCUCCCCAGUUUAGAUCUGGACCAGCGCAGUUUGAAAAAGAUGUUUAUAGAGCAGAGAUAAGCGAAUUUGCCCCACCCAACACACCUGUGACUAUGGUAAAAACUAUGCCUAAUUACUCCCAUUUAAAAUAUGUGUUUAAAAAUGCACCAACCAGAAUCAGAUUCAAUUUAAAUCCUCACACUGGCCUUAUUACUACUUUAGAUCCCAUAAAAGCACAACACGCUUCUCAUUUUGAAGUUGAUAUCAUGACGAGUGACAGAAAAGCAUUUACAAAAGUAUUGAUUAAAGUCAUAGAUGUGAACACGCACUCACCUGAAUUUACACAGACAUCUUAUAAAGCUUCUUUUGAUGAGAAUGUGCCUGUAGGAACGAGUGUCAUGAGUGUGAGUGCGAAUGACCUUGAUGAAGGUGAAAGCGGCUAUGUGACAUAUAGCAUUGCAAACCUAAACCCUGUUCCUUUCGUGAUAGACCACUUUACCGGUGUUGUUAGUACCGCUGAGAACAUGGAUUAUGAGUUAAUGCCAAGAAUUUAUAAUUUAAGAAUUCGCGCUUCUGACUGGGGCACGCCAUAUCGCCGAGAAGCUGAAGUUCCUGUUACUAUAGGUUUAAAUAAUUUGAACGAUAACAUUCCACUGUUUGAGAAAAUAAAUUGUGUAGGAACAAUCUCUAGAGAACUUGGUGUUGGGGAACAAAUAACAACUGUAUCUGCUAUUGAUGCUGAUGAGCUGCAGUUGGUACAAUACCAAAUUGAAUCUGGAAACGAAUUAGACUUAUUUAGUUUAAAUCCAAACUCUGGAGUUCUUUCCCUGAAGCAAUCAUUAGUAGAUGGCUUAGGUGCAAAAGCAUCCUUUCACAGCUUGAGAAUAACAGCUACAGAUGGAGAGAACUUUGCAAUGCCUUUGUAUAUUAAUAUCACUGUAGUUGCCAGCCGCAAACCAGUGAGUUUACAGUGUGAAGAGACUGGUGUGGCCAAAAUGCUGGCAGAGAAGUUACUGCAAGCCAAUAAGCUGCAUGGUCGUAGUGAGGUUGAGGAUGCCUUUUUUGACACCCACUCUGUGAACUUGCAUACACCUCAAUUUGGAAAUAAUCUUCCUCGUAGCAUUGAAGUAAGAGAAGAUCAGCUGGUAGGUUCCAGCAUAAUACUUAUGAAUGCUACUGAUCUUGACACUGGUUUCAAUGGAAAACUUGUCUAUGCCAUCUCUGGAGGUAAUAAUGAUAGCAGUUUUACCAUUGGCAUGGAAACAGGAGUGCUAAAAAUUUUAUCUCCCCUUGAUCGUGAAGUAAAAGAUAAGUACAUGUUGAAUGUUACUGUUUAUGAUCUUGGAAUACCGCAGAAAUCCAGCUGGCAACUUUUAGACAUUAAUGUUUUAGAUGUCAAUGACAAUAGUCCAGAAUUUUUACAGGACAGCUAUUUUGUUGAUGUGAAUGAAAACAUUGACCUGGAUACAGAAAUAAUUCAUAUAGAAGCCAUAGAUAAAGAUUUGGGGUCUAACGGAGAAGUGCGAUAUUCAAUUCUCACAGAUACAGAUAAGUUUUCUAUUAAUAGUGUGACAGGUGUUGUGAAAGUUGCAGGGCCUCUAGAUCGUGAGGUACAGCCCGUGCAUUUCCUGAGAAUAGAGGCCAGGGACCAAGCUAAAGAUGAACCGCAGUUGUUUUCAGCUGUACUACUGAAGGUAACUUUGGAUGAUAUCAACGAUAAUCCUCCUAAAUUUAUUCCAUCAAAUUAUCGUGUGAAAAUUCGGGAGGACCUUCCAGAAGGAACAGUCAUCACAUGGCUGGAAGCCUAUGAUCCUGAUUUAGGUCAGUCAAGUCAAGUGCGAUAUAACCUCUUAGAAGGUGGGGAUGGAAGCUUUGACAUAGACAAACUGAGUGGAGCAGUUCGUAUUGUCCAAAGAUUGGAUUUUGAGAGGAAACAAUUUUAUAAUCUAACUGUGCGUGCCAAAGAUAAAGGGAAGCCUAUUUCAUUGUCUUCUACCUGUUACGUUGAAAUUGAAGUGGUAGAUGUAAAUGAAAAUCUUCACCCACCACAUUUUCAUAACUUUGUGGAUAAAGGUUUUGUAAAUGAAGAUGUUCCUGUUGGAACUUCAGUGAUGACUAUAUCUGCUUAUGACGAGGAUACAGGAAGAGACGGAGAGAUUAGAUACUCCAUAAGAGAUGGAUCUGGCAUUGGAGUUUUUAGAAUAGAUGAAGAAAAAGGUAUUAUAGAAACCGUUGAUUUGCUUGAUCGCGAAACAACUUCCCAUUACUGGCUCACUGUGUAUGCAACAGACCGUGGUGUGGUGCCUCUUUCUUCCUUCAUUGAAAUCUACAUAGAAGUCGGAGAUGUUAAUGACAAUGCUCCACAGACAACUCGGCCUGUUUAUUACCCUGAAGUCAUGGAAAAUUCACCCAAGGAUGUGUCAGUCAUUCACAUAGAGGCAGUGGAUGCAGACUCUAGGUCUAAUGACAAGCUGACCUACAAGAUUACUAGUGGAAACCCACAGGGAUUCUUUUUCAUGAAUCCGAAAACAGGUCUAAUUACAACAACAUCAAGAAGACUUGACCGAGAACAGCAAGCAGAGCACAUACUAGAGGUAACAGUGACAGACAAUGGUAUCCCACCAAAAUCAACCCUUGCCCGGGUCAUAGUCAAGAUCUUAGAUGAAAAUGAUAAUAAGCCUCAGUUCUUGCAAAAGUUCUACCAGAUCAGACUGCCUGAACGCGAAAGACCGGAGAGGGAGAGGACUGCCAGAAGGGAUCCUGUCUAUCGUGUUUUGGCAGCAGAUAAGGAUGAAGGACCCAAUGCAGAAAUAUCUUACAGCAUUGAAGAAGGCGAUGAACAUGGCAAAUUUUUUAUUGAGCCAAAAACUGGAAUUGUCUCAUCUAAGAAGUACUCUGGUGCAGGAGAAUAUGACAUUCUUACAAUCAAAGCUGUGGAUAAUGGCCGUCCGCAAAAAUCAUCAACAACUCGCCUUCAUAUAGAAUGGAUCCCAAAGCCCAGUCCAGCUCCUGAACCAAUUACUUUUGAGGAAUCAUUUUUUUCUUUUACUGUCAUGGAAAGUGAUCCAGUAGCUCACAUGAUUGGUGUAAUAGCUGUUGAACCACUUGGCACUCCACUUUGGUUUGAUAUUACAGGAGACAAGCUUGCUAGUGAAGUUUUUUACAUCUUUCAGAUGGCUUGUGACCUGAACUGUACAGCAGAAGGUGGCAACUAUGACAGCCGCUUUGAUGUGGACAAGGGCAGUGGAACCAUCAUUGUUGCUAGACCCCUUGAUGCAGAACAGAAAUCAAAUUACAACCUGACAGUAGAAGCAACAGAUGGAACCAGAACUACUGGCACUCAGGUAUACAUUAGGGUUAUAGAUACAAAUGAUCACAGGCCUGAGUUUUCUUCAUGGGAGUACCAAGUAAUUAUACCAGAGGACACAUUGCCCGAGACAGAAAUUUUGCAAAUCAGCGCUUCAGACAGAGAUGAGAAGAAUAAGCUAAUUUAUACUAUGCAGAGCAGCAUUGAUCCUGUCAGCCUUAAGAAAUUUCGUCUGGAUCCUGCAACUGGCUCCCUUUAUACUUCUGAACAUUUGGACCACGAGGUCAUCCAUCAGCACAUUCUGACUGUUAUGGUUCGAGAUCAAGAUGUUCCCGUCAAGCGCAACUUUGCUAGAAUCGUCAUCAGUGUGAGUGACACAAAUGAUCAUGCACCAUGGUUCACCAGUUCCUCCUAUGUGGGACGAGUGUAUGAGUCUGCAGCUGUGGGGUCAGUGGUACUCCAAGUUACAGCGCUGGACAAGGACAAAGGGAAAAAUGCAGAAAUUGUGUACUCCAUAGAAUCAGGGAAUAUUGGAAAUGCUUUUAAUAUACAUCCAGUCUUAGGCAGUAUUACUACUGCAAAAGAGUUGGACUUCAGCAAUCAGGAAGAGUAUACUUUGAUAGUGAAGGCCACAGAUAAAGGGACUCCUCCAAUGAGCGAAGUAACAUCAGUACACCUUUCCGUCACAAUCUCUGACAAUGCAUCCCCAAAAUUCACAAUGAAAGAAUACUCCACAGAAAUCAGUGAAAGCAGCAACAUUGGCAGUUUUGUUGGCAUGGUUACUGCAUACAGUCAGUCAUCAGUAGUUUAUGAAAUAAAAGAUGGUAAUGUGGGUGAUGUCUUCACUGUUAACCCGAAUUCUGGUGUCAUUACUUCUCAGAAGACGCUUGAUUUUGAAACAUUGCCUUUUUACACUCUCACUGUUCAGGGAACCAAUAUGGCUGGCCAGUCCUCUGACACUACUGUAUUGGUGCACCUUCAAGACGAGAAUGAUAAUGCGCCAACUUUCAUGCAAGCGGAAUACACAGGACUCGUCAGUGAAUCAGCUUCAAUUAACAGUGUGGUUCUAACCGACAAGAAUGUCCCUUUAGUGAUACGAGCUACAGAUGCUGAUAGGGAAUCAAAUGCUCUACUUGUCUAUCAGAUUGUUGAGCCAUCUGUUCACAAGUAUUUUGCUAUUGAUUCUAGUACAGGUGCUAUCCGGACAGUAAUGAGCUUGGACUAUGAAGAGACAAAUAUAUUUCACUUCUCUGUUCAAGUGCAUGAUAUGGGGACACCACGCUUCUUUGCAGAAUAUGCGGCAAAUGUUACCAUUUAUGUAAUUGACAUCAAUGACUGCUCCCCAGUGUUCUCCAAAGACUUUUAUGAGGCAACCCUGUUAGUGCCAACCUAUAAAGGGGUGAAGGUGGCUAUUGUAAAUGCUACAGAUGCUGAUUCAAGAGCCUUUUCUCAACUAAUGUAUUCUAUCACUGAAGGCAACAUUGGAGAAAAGUUUUCAAUCGAUUCCAAGACUGGGCAGAUAACUGUGCAGAACACAACACAGUUAAGAAGCAGAUAUGAAUUGACAGUCAGAGUCUCUGAUGGCAGAUUUGCAAGCACCACAUCCGUAAAAGUCAAUGUGAAAGAGAGCAAAGCAAGCCAACUGAAGUUCACUCAGAGUUCCUACCACGCUGUAGUCCAAGAAAAUUCAACAGAAGCAAAAGUAAUCGCUGUUAUUGCUGCUGUAGGGAGUCAAAUAAAUGAACCUUUGUUCUAUCAAAUUCUAAAUCCAGACAGCAGAUUUAAAAUUAGCUACACUUCAGGUGUCCUUUCAACUACUGGAAUACCAUUUGAUCGUGAACUGCAGGAGUUUUUUGAUGUUGUGGUAGAAGUGACAGCAGAGCAUAAGCCUUCUCUAGUUGCACAUGUUGUGGUGAAGGUCACUGUAGAAGACGUAAAUGAUAAUGCUCCUAUUUUUGUCAAUCUUCCAUAUUAUGCCACUGUUAAAAUAGACUCUGAAGUGGGCCAAGUUAUUCGCCGUGUCACUGCUGUGGAUAAAGACUUUGGUAGAAAUGGAGAAGUUCUUUAUUUCCUCAAAGAACAUUAUGACCUCUUCCAAAUAGGAACCACUGGUGAAAUCUCACUCAAGAAGCCGUUUGACCCAGAUACACUCAAUAAAGAGUACCUCAUCACUGUAGUAGCAAAAGAUGAAGGAGAACCAAGUUUUUCAGCUGAAGUGACGUUUCCAAUCACAGUGGUGAAUAAAGCCAUGCCGGUGUUUGAAAAACCUUUCUAUAGUGCAGAGAUACCAGAAAAUAUCCAGAUCCACAGCCCUGUUGUACAUGUGCAAGCAAAUAGCCCAGAAGGGCUCAAAGUGUUUUAUAGCAUCACAGAUGGUGACCCUUUCAAUCAGUUUACCAUCAACUUCAAUACUGGAGUUAUCAAUAUUUUUGCCCCUCUGGAUUUUGAAGCCCACCCUGCCUACAAACUGAGAAUUCGUGCAACUGAUUCUCUGUCAGGGGCCCAUGCUGAAGUAUUCGUUGACAUAAUAAUUGAAGACAUCAAUGAUAAUCCUCCUAUCUUUACAGAACAAUUUUAUGCUGCCACCCUUUCUGAGGCGUCUGUAAUUGGAACAUCUGUUGUACAUGUCAGGGCUACAGACGCUGAUUCUGGAACAAACAGAGGGAUUUCCUAUCAGUUGAUAGAAAACAGCAGCAAAAGCCAUGAUUAUUUCCACAUUGAUAGCAGCACUGGGCUCAUUUUGACAGCAAGGAGUUUGGAUUAUGAAAAGACCCAGCAACACACAUUGCUAGUAAGAGCAAUAGACAGUGGGAUGCCUCCACUGAGCAGUGACAUUAUUGUAAUUGUCAAUAUAACAGACCUGAAUGAUAACCCACCUGUAUUUAACCACCUGCUUUAUGAAGCUAGCCUCAGUGAACUGGCUCCCCGUGGACACUUUGUAACUUGUGUAAAGGCCUCUGAUGCAGACAUUUCAGAUGCAAGCAAGCUAGAGUAUUCCAUAUUAACAGGCAACGAUCACAUGAAUUUUGUAAUUGACAGCAAAACUGGUGUCAUCACCCUCUCAAACUUAUACAAACAGGUUCUGAAGCCUACUUACAGUCUUAAUGUCUCAGUUUCAGAUGGGGUCUUCAGAAGUUCAGCUCAGGUUUUCAUAAAUGUAAUUGGAGCCAAUUUACAUAGCCCCAUUUUUGCUCAGACUGAAUAUGAGGUGGAACUAGCUGAGAAUGCCCCAUUGAAUACACUGGUGAUUCAUGUUGAAGCAGUGGACAAAGAUACUGGUGACUAUGGCCACAUCACAUACCAUAUUGUGAAUGAUCUUGCAAAAGAUAGGUUUUAUACUAAUGAGAGAGGACAGAUAUUUACCUCAGAAAAGCUUGAUCGUGAAACUCCAGCUGAAAAAGUAAUCUCCAUCAGGCUAAUGGCUAAGGAUUUUGGGGGGAAAGUGGCUUUCUGCAGCAUCAGUGUAAUCCUUACUGAUGUUAAUGACAACGCCCCUUUGUUCCGAGCAACCGAAUAUGAGGCAAAUAUUGGAACUGAUGUACCAAAAGGUACAUCUGUAAUUAAAGUUUUAGCUUCUGAUGCUGAUGAGGGCACCAAUGCAGACAUCACUUACACCAUUGAAGCAGAGUCUGAAAAUGUUGAAGAGAAUUUAGAAAUUAAUCCUUUGACCGGACUUAUCACCACAAAGGAAAGUUUAAUUGGUUUAGAAAAUGAGUUCCUCACUUUUUUUGUUAGAGCAUUAGAUGGUGGGUCCCCGCAAAAGGAGACUGUUGUUCCUGUCUAUGUCCGAAUACUCCCCCCUGAAGUGCCUCUUCCAAGAUUUUCAGAGCCAUUUUAUUCUUAUACUCUUUCUGAAGAUACUCCUGUUGGAACAGAGAUAGAUGUUAUACGAGCAGAACAUACUCAGCCCUUGCUAUACACUCUAGUUAAAGGGAAUACUCCAGAAAGCAACAGGGAUGGAUAUUUUGUAAUUGACAGGCAAAAUGGAAAGAUGAAGCUUGAGAAGAGCCUUGAUCAUGAGACAACUAAAUGGUACCAGUUUUCAGUGCAAGCACAUUAUAUGAAUGAAAAUUACAAAAUUGUCUCUUCAGUAGACAUAAGCAUUCAAAUAAAAGAUGUCAAUGACAAUGAACCUAUUUUAGAGUCCAAUCCAUAUGAAGCAUAUGUUGUGGAAAAUAUGCCAGCAGGAACAAAGGUCAUUCAAGUCAAAGCAGUUGAUCAGGAUUCUGGAAUCAAUGGGCAUGUUACUUAUAUGUUGGAGACCACACAAGAGAUUGAUAUCAUAGAUACUUUUGCCAUAAACAUGGAAACAGGCUGGAUUACAACCCUAAAAGAGCUUGACCAUGAGAAGCAGGAUGCCUACAAAAUUACUGUAGUUGCAUCUGACCGAGGCGAGAAAAUUCAGUUGUCUUCUACUGCAGUCAUUGAUGUUUCUGUGACUGAUGUGAAUGACAACCCUCCACGCUUCACUGCAGAGAUUUACAAAGGCACAGUUAGUGAAGACGAUCCAACUGGAGGAGUUGUUGCUAUAUUAAGUACUACCGAUGCUGAUUCAGAAGAGGCCAACAGACAUGUCAACUAUUUCAUUACAGGAGGUGAUCCAUUAGGACAAUUUGCCGUUGAAAACAUACAGAAUGAAUGGAAAGUGUAUGUCAGAAAACCCCUGGACAGAGAAGUGAAAGAUCAUUAUCUUCUAAACAUCACAGCAACGGAUGGGAUGUUUGCAACAAAAGCCAUGGUGGAGGUGAAAGUCCUUGAUUCAAAUGACAAUGAUCCAGUUUGUGAAAAGACAUUGUACAUGGAGGCUGUGUCAGAAGAUUCCCCUCCAGGCAAACUCAUCAUGCAAGUCUCUGCCACAGAUGCAGAUAUUCGUUCAAAUGCAGAAAUUACUUAUCUCCUGUAUGGUGCUGGAGCAGAAGACUUUAGACUCAGUCCAGACACAGGUGAACUGAAAACAUUGGCAGCUCUUGACCGAGAGCAGAAAGCAGUUUAUACUCUUACAGUGAAAGCUUCAGAUGGUGGAGGAAGAUUUUGCCAUGCUAAUAUUAUUCUUAAUAUAGAAGAUGUGAAUGAUAAUGCCCCAGAGUUUACUGCUGAUCCAUACUCCAUCACAGUAUUCGAAAACACAGAGGUGAAAACUCUGUUGACCAGAGUGCAAGCUACAGAUGUGGAUUCAGGACUAAAUCGGAAGAUUCACUAUUCCUUGCUAAAUUCUGCAGACGGACAGUUUUCUAUUGAUGAAUUAUCUGGGAUAGUUCGGUUGGAAAAGCCUUUGGAUCGGGAGCUGCAGGCAGUAUAUUCUCUGAUUGUAAAAGCCGAAGAUGAAGGUUCCCCUAGAAGGCUGUCUUCUACUGCUGUUCUUGUGGUUUCUGUUCUGGAUAUAAAUGAUAAUCCACCUGUUUUUGAGUAUAAAGAGUACAGUGCAACUUUAUCAGAAGACACAGUGAUCGGAACAGAGGUUCUGCAGGUUUAUGCUGCUAGCCGGGACAUUGAGGCCAACGCUGAAAUCACAUAUUCAGUAGUCAGUGGAAACGAACAUGGAAAAUUCAGUAUUGAUGCCAAAACAGGUGCUAUUUUUGUUAUUGGAAGUCUUGAUUACGAGAGUUCCCCUGAGUAUUAUCUGACAGUGGAAGCCACAGAUGGAGGGUCACCUUCCUUGAGUGAUGUUGUAACAGUGAAUAUAAAUGUAACAGAUAUCAAUGACAACACUCCAGUAUUCAGUCAAGACACUUAUACAGCAGUAAUCAGUGAAGAUGCUGAAGUUGAACAAUCAGUGAUCACAGUCAUGGCGGCUGAUGCUGAUGGGCCUUCAAACAACCACAUUCAUUACUCAAUUAUAGAUGGCAACCAAGGGAGUCCUUUCACAAUUGACCUGACCUUAGGUGAAGUCAAGGUGGCUAAACCUCUUGACAGAGAGAAGUUCUCAGGUUACACGCUGACAGUUCAAGCAUCAGACAAUGGGAAUCCUCCCAGAGUCAAUGUAACUACAGUCAAUAUUGAUGUAUCUGAUGUAAACGACAACCCGCCUGUAUUCUCGAAGGGGAAUUACAGUAUUAUCAUUCAGGAGAAUAAGCCUGUUGGGUUUAACAUCCAGCAGCUGUUAGUAACAGACAAGGACUCAUCCCACAAUGGGCCACCUUUCCUGUUCACCCUUGUGACUGGAAAUGAAGAUAACGCUUUUGAGAUUAACCAGCAAGGAAUCCUUGCAACUGCUAUUCAACUAAAGCGCAAAGUGAAGGAUCACUAUUUGCUUCAAAUUAAGGUGGCUGAUAAUGGAAGACCUCAGUUGUCAUCUUUGACGUAUGUUGAUGUCAGAGUCAUUGAAGAAAGUAUCCAUCCUCCAGCCAUUCUGCCCCUUGAAAUCUUCAUCACAGCCUUUGGGGAGGAGUAUUCUGGUGGUGUCAUUGGAAAAGUGCAUGCCACUGACCAAGAUGUGUAUGACACUUUAACCUACAGUUUGGAUCCCAAGAUGGAGUCCUCUUUCUCGGUCUCCAUUACAGGUGGCAAGCUGAUCGCUCACAAAAGGCUUGACGUUGGGCAGUACCUCCUGAAUGUUACUGUUACAGAUGGGAAGUUUACAACCUCUGCGGUCAUUACAGUUAAUAUCAGACAGAUCACUCAGGAGUUAUUGAAUCACAGCAUAGCCAUCCGGUUUGCCAACCUUGCCCCAGAAGAAUUCAUCGGUGACUACUGGCGCAAUUUCCAAAGAGCUUUACGGAGCAUCUUGGGGGUCAGAAGAAAUGACAUACAGAUAAUCAGCUUGCAACCCUCGGAUCCUCCAUCCAACCUGGAUGUCUUGCUGCUUGUUGAAAAGUCAGGUAGUGCUCAGUACCCAACCAGAGCCCUGCUCCAUAAGAUAAACUCUUCUGUGGCUGACCUUGAGGAGAUCUUAGGCGUCCGGAUACUGAAUGUUUUUCACAAGCUGUGUCAGGGCCUGGAAUGUCCUUGGAAGUUUUGUGAAGAAAAAGUGACAGUGGAUGAGAAUGCCAUGUCCACCCACAGCACAGCCAGGCUGAGUUUUGUCACCCCACAUCAUCGGAGAACUUCAGUUUGUCUUUGCAAAGAAGGAAGGUGCCCUGUUUUAAUUAGUGCAUGUGAAGGAAACCCGUGUCCUGAAGAUACAGAAUGUAUUGUGGAUCCUCAUGAAGGAACAUACACUUGCUUGUGUCAUGGAGGCAGUAUGUCCCAGUGUCCCGCAUCAGUUGGUCCAUCACUGACUUUUACUGGAAGCAGCUAUAUUAAAUAUCGCCUCAUGGAAAAUGAAAACAAGGAAGAAAUGAAGCUUACCAUGAGGCUUCGAACAUAUUCUGCCCAUGCAGUUGUCAUGUAUGCCAGAGGAACAGACUAUAGUAUUUUAGAGAUCCACCACGGAAGGCUGCAGUAUAAAUUUGACUGUGGGAGUGGUCAUGGAAUUGUGUCUGUGCAGAGCAUUCAAAUCAAUGAUGGCCAGUGGCAUUCAGUGUCUCUUGAAGUUGAUGGAAACUAUGCCAAGCUGAUCUUAGACAGGGUACACACAGCAUCUGGUAUAGCUCCUGGUACUUUAAGGACAUUGAACUUGGACAACUAUGUAUUUUUUGGUGGCCACAUUCGACAGCAGGGCACAAGGCACGGAAGGAGCCCACAGGUUAGCAAUGGCUUCAGAGGCUGCAUGGAUUCCAUUGUACUUAAUGGCCAAGAGUUGCCUCUAAACAGCAAGCCACGGAGUUAUGCUCACAUGGAAGAAUCUGUGGAUGUGUCUCCUGGAUGUUUACUGACUACUACAGGAGAUUGUUCAAGCAGCCCAUGCCAGAAUGGGGGCAUUUGUAGUCCGCUGCUCAAUGGAGGUUAUGACUGUAAGUGUACAGCUUUGUUUACGGGCACACACUGUGAUGUCAGCGUCAACCCAUGUGCUUCCAAUCCUUGUCUUUAUGGCGGGACCUGCAUCCCAGUUAACAAUGACUUCAUCUGUCAGUGCAGAGGACUGUACACAGGUCAAAGGUGUCAGAUUGGUCCAUAUUGCAAAGACAACCCAUGCAAAAAUAGUGGCAAGUGUAUUGACAGCUUAGAUGGGCCUGUUUGUGAAUGUGAAGCAGGUUUUCAUGGAGAAAGGUGUCUGACUGAUGUUGAUGAAUGCAUAGAAAACCCCUGCCAGAAUGGUGCCCUCUGUGAGAACACCUACGGUGCAUAUCACUGUAAUUGUAGCCAUGGAUUUGGAGGAAAACAUUGUGCUGACAUCCUUAAUAAAUACGUUUCAACUUCUUGGAACAUUGGUUUGGCAGAAGUCAUUGGAAUUAUCGUUUUCAUAGUGGGAGUCUUCAUCCUGGUUGGACUUUUUGUUGUCUGUCGCCAAGUAAUCAGGAGAAGAAAGAAGAAAAACCAGCCAGAACCUGAAGACAAACAUCUGGGAACAACAACACCUUUCUUACAAAGACCGUACUUUGAUUCAAAACUGAAUAAGAAUAUUUAUUCUGACAUUCCACCCCAGGUGCCUGUUCGCCCCAUUUCAUAUACUCCAAGCAUUCCGAGUGAUUCGAGGAACAAUCUGGACAGGAACUCUUUUGAGGGAUCCACUAUUCCAGAGCAUCCAGAGUUCAGUACUUUUAAUCCAGAUACUGUACAUGGCCAUAGGAAGGCUGUGGCUGUCUGUAGUGUAGCCCCGAAUUUGCCACCUCCACCGCCAUCUAACUCUCCAUCAGACAGUGACUCCAUACAGAAGCCCAGCUGGGACUUUGACUAUGACACUAAAGUGGUAGAUCUUGAUUCCUGCCUUUCAAAGAAGUCAUUGGAAGAAAAGGUCUCUCAGCCUUACAGCACUAGAGAAAGCAUGUCUGAGGUUCAGUCUCUUAGCUCAUUCCAGUCUGAAUCGUGUGAUGACAAUGCUUCCCUAGUGACAGUAAUUCACCUUGUCAAUGCAGUUGUUGACUCGGUGGGAAAAGAAGAAUCUUUUGCUGUUCCUGACCUGAGCAAUUCAAGAGCAUAUCACUGGGAUACCUCCGACUGGAUGCCAAGUGUCCAGCUUCCUGGCAUACAGGAGUAUCCAACUUAUGAGGUGGUGGAAGAGCCGGCACCCCUCUACACAGAUCCAAACUCCAUUGAUGCGGACUACUACCCUGGAGGCUACGACAUUGAAAGUGACUUUCCGCCUCCGCCAGAUGACUUCCCAGCUCCUGAUGACCUUCCACCGCUACCCCCGGAGUACAGUGAUCAGUUUGACUCAAUGCAGCAACCCAGAGACAUAUCUGCUGUAGGUAGCUUGGAGUCCUCUGCUAGGAGCAGGCAGAGGUUCAAUCUCAACCAGUACCUGCCCCAUCACUAUCCUUCAGACCGGUUGGAACCCCAAAACACAAGCAACGGAGUCUCCAGUAGUUACAGAGAACCCUAUGCCCCAUACUCUGUAGGGUACAAUAGAGACUUUGAAGCACUCCCCCUAGACAACAUGUCCAUGUCUGUGUAUGCUUCCACGGCUUCAUGCUCUGAUGUGUCAGCGUGCUGUGAAAUGGAGUCUGAAGUGAUGAUGAGUGACUAUGAGAGUGGAGAUGACGGACAUUUUGAAGAUGUGGUCAUUCCUCCACUCGAGCCUCAGCAACACACAGAAGUCUGACAACCUUCCUCAACAAAAAGUGCCUGGAUGUUAAUGAACUUUUUAAAAAAAAGGAUUCUAGAGCAAUCUCGGAGAGCUUAUUUUUUUCCCCCACCCUCUUCACGGCAGUGCUCGAGCGCUUCUGUUUCAGUGAGCUAAGACUGGCAUGGCUGCACUGGAUCAUGCAGCACAUUUCAGCGUAUUAACCAGUUUCUCCCAUUUCUUGACCGCCUGCAAAUUUAAUCGAUGACAGGUCUCCCAUUGGCUGUGCCAUUCCUGAAACUGUGUGUGUGUUUUUUCUUUUUCUUUUUGUACUUAAAUUGUCUAUGUUAAAGAAAUGAAGCAAAACACGUACCACUUCCUCAUCUUAGCAUGAUUAAUGUAUUUAUAUAGUUCCCAAAAAAUCAUUUUUUCUUAUCUCUUUUUGUAAAUGUUAUGUACAGUUUUGAUUUCUAUAGUUUUAACUAGAUUUUGUAGAUACUUUGCAGAUUUGUUUUCCUCGUGUGCCAUUAAGCCAAGCACACCUUGGGUUUUAUUACAUUCAGGAAUUCACUGUAUUUUAAUUUGUAUGAUCACACAGAUGUUUGGCAUUUCAUUUAUAGAUUUCAGUGUAAUCAUUUCUAAGUGUACAUAAUUUCCAGUUGUAAAAGGUAUCUGAUAAUUUUUGGGCAAAAAACCAACAUCACAGUGUCUUACAUAGCUUUCUGUAUUUGGAACAAUAUACACUUUUCUUUAACCGAAAAGUACUUUGGGGGCCCACUUGCAUACCUAUUUAGAACCAAAACCACCUUGGCACAGUUUUUAUAGUGUCUGUAUAUUUGUGAUGCAACGGUCUUGUAAAGGUUUUUACUGAAAUCUACCAUUAGCCAGUCUUUCUUACUGACAAUAAAUUAUUAAUAAAAUA